GGGUGUCACCGUGGAGAUUGUUCGGGCUGUUUAUGGAAAACUCUGGAAGUCUCCACGCUGUUUAUAAACGAAAAAAAUCGGGCCACAGAGGCGUGAACGGACACAGACGACCGAACGAGGAGGCUCCGCUAACACUUCACUGACAGCCGUUACCGAGCAGCGUUAACGUUUAUCCUACACGGGCCGCCGGACGGUCGAAAUGGGUAAAGACUACUACGACAUUUUGGGAAUUAAGAAAGGAGCGUCGGAGGAGGACAUUAAGAAAGCUUAUCGUAAGCAGGCUCUUCGCUACCACCCCGACAAAAAUAAGUCACCGGGAGCCGAGGAUAAAUUCAAAGAGAUUGCCGAAGCUUACGACGUUUUGAGCGACCCGAAGAAAAAGGACAUCUAUGACCGUUUCGGAGAAGAAGGUCUGAAAGGCGGAGGCCCCACAGGUCCCGGCGGUGGUGGUCCUGGCACCUUCAGCUACACUUUCCAGGGUGACCCUCAUGCCAUCUUUGCAGAGUUCUUCGGUGGACGUAACCCCUUUGAACAGUUUUUUGGUGGCCACAAUGGAGACGAGAACAUGGACACAGACGACCCGUUUAGCCACUUUGGGAUGGGGGGCAGCGGUAUGGGCGGGUUCCCUCGCUCUUUCAGCACCGGUAUGGGAGGAAUGGGAGGUAUGGGAGGAAUGGGCAGUCACACUAGCGUUGUAAAGAAGCAGCAGGACCCUCCCGUGGUUCAUGAUCUUAAGGUAACCCUGGAGGAGGUGCUGUCCGGUUGCACAAAAAAAAUGAAGAUUACUCGUAAAAGGCUGAACCCUGACAGAAGAACGAUAAGGACAGAAGAUAAAAUUCUGGAGGUGCAGAUAAAGAAAGGGUGGAAAGAGGGCACCAAAAUCACGUUUCCUAAAGAGGGAGACGAGACCCCUAGGAACAUUCCAGCUGACGUGGUCUUUGUGUUGAAGGAUAAGCCACAUCCGGUGUUCAAACGUGAUGGCUCUGACGUUGUUUACACUGCCAAGAUCUCACUCAGAGAUGCCUUGUGUGGCUGCACAAUAAAUGCACCCACGCUUGACAGCAGAACAGUGACUGUAACAUCAACAGACAUUGUGCACCCGGGGAUGAAACGACGGAUCAGCGGCGAGGGGUUGCCUUAUCCAAAGCGACCUGAUCGUCGAGGUGACCUGAUAGUGGAGUACGAGGUCAAGUUCCCAGAACGACUCACUCAGAGCGCCCGAGACACCAUCGCUCAGGUCCUCCCAAGAUCUUAAACAAGACAAACAGGACAGCAGGGCUUAUAUUACGCUGCCAAUGUUUUUUUGUUUUUUUUUUUCCCAUCAACCAUCACAUGGACAUUCUUGUGGAGGUUGAACUCACUCCAGACAGUAAAGAACAGUCAUGAGUCAGGCCAGCCUAUGUGUGCACAAAAAAUGCUUCCCCUAAGUAAGUGCAGCAUUUCACAGGCUAGAAUGUAAAUAAAUGACCAAUUUUGUGUGAUGUUUGGUUUACUGAGUAAGAUUAUAUUUUCAUGAAAACAAGUGUAUAAUAGUAUGUUUAUAUAUUUGCCCAUGCACUAUUUGAACUGCUUUGUUCACAAUAAAAGUUCUCAUUGAGAAAAA